AUGAAAUCACUACUCUUUGGAACUUUAUUGAUUUGUAUAGCGUUAAGUUAAAUCACAUACGAGGAAUGCAAAAGGGAUUGUACAAUGGAUUGGUUAGAUUGCACCAGUGGGUGUGAUAGUAUUGGUAAUCCAUCUUAUUGCCAUAAAAAUUGUUAGAAGUAAUUAUAACCCAAUAUGUAGUGUGGUUCAUGGAUGUUUAGAUGAAUGUCCAAAAAUAAUUUGUAUUGAUGAGUGUCGAAACAUAUUGGAACAGUGCCGUAAAAAUGGAACAGGGAUUUGCGAAGUGCAUUUCAAUCAGUGCAAAUUGAUCUGCGAAGAUACUUAUAAUGAAAAUUAAGAUAUAUGAAUAUAUUAAUUAAUAUAUAG